GGUGGCUGCAGGUAUGGCGCCAAAAGCGAGACUCGCCGCUUAUAAGGUGUGUUGCAAUUCAGGUUGUUAUGAUUCUAAUAUUCUAGCAGCGUUUGACGCCACUGUUGUCGAGGGAGUCGAUGUUAUUUUGCUCAACGUGGAUGGUGUUGUCGUGCAGUAUUAUCUCGACACGAUUGUGAUUAGUGCUUUUGGUGCAAAUGAUAGAGGGAUUUUUGUAUUUGCUUCUACCGGGAAUGAUGGUCCUGGUGGACUAACGGUGACCAAUGUCGCUUCAUGGGUCACAACUGUCUGUGCUGAAACUAUUGAUAGAGAUUUCCCUACUGAUGUUAACUUGGGAAUGGAAAGACGGUGCCUGGAGUCAGUGUGUACAACGGACUGGGUUUAAUUCCAGGUCGAAUGUACCAGUUGGUUUAUGUUGGAAGUGAAGGCGGUGAUGGGUAUUCAUCCUCUCUGUGCUUGGACGGUUCUGCCACGUUGGAUGCCACAUGGAUAUUAACUAUCAUGCAAGCCAAUAAACAAAUGGUGUUAAGGGGCUUGGUUAUCGGAGGGGCUGAUUUGCUUCAAACGGGGAGUUGGAGAGCUUAUUCGCAUGAUUUCUAGUUCAAGGGCUUAUCACUUGCUAUUGAAAAAGUUGAGAAGCUUAGAAGGGUUUUGCCCUACAUCCAAAUACCUUGUGUAUUAUUUGCUUGCCUUUUUAUCAUCAACAUUUCUUGUAGCGUCGCUGAAAAUGCAGUUGUGUCUAAAUUUUUUUAAAAUUUUUAUUUAAAAAGUGUGAACUCUGUUCAAUGAAAACAAAACAUGAUAACUUUAAGUAUUGAAUCUGGUUGUUUUUUUUUAAAAAAAAAACCAAUCUGAC